AUGGCGGUGGCCCAUGGCCUGCCGCCCUCCGAAGCGACUGAGCUCCUGAUGGACAUCUGGAACGGUUCUACCCCAUUUGGGUGGUCCGUCCAGUCGGUGAAGGGGCCACCUAGCGCCCGUAUACCCCGUGGACGGCCGCCGUCAACCUAUCCCCUCGCCAGGCAGCUGAUCGCGCUCCUCGCCAAGUGCGGCCGUGACGCUUCUGUCUUCGAGGAUGUCGUGAGAGUGUUGAAGGCUGAGUAUGCUAAGUCGCCAUUCGCUCUUAUUGGCGAAAAGGACACUAUUAUCGUUAUCAGUUAG